UCUCUGCAACUCUCUUCCCCAACUAAAUUCCGCCACUGAAAAUCCUCCCGACGAACCCUAAACGAGCGACUCUCCCGCUCCUCCUUCCUCACGUCCCCCCGUCGCGAUCCGUUGGCCGAAAAUGGUGAUCAUCUCGGACACCGCGAGCGCCACCAAGGGCCGGUUCGGCUUCCACGACCGCUCUUCGGAUCCCGCGCUCUCCGACCUCACGGCGAAGUCCGCGUCCGCGGAAAACCUCGCUCACUCUCGGGAUCAGGACGACGGCGGAGUCGGCGGCGGCGGCUCGGGAUCGUCGUCCCGGGGCUUCGAGCUCCGCGAGGAUCCUUCGUUCUGGAAAGACCACAAUGUGCAGGUAAUCAUCAGAAUUCGACCGCUUAGUAGCAGUGAGAUAUCGCUGCAAGGCUACGGCAAAUGCAUUAGGCAAGAGAGCGGCCAAACUCUUACCUGGACGGGGCAUCCCGAGUCACGUUUUACUUUUGAUGUGGUCGCAGACGAGACCGUUAGCCAGGAGAAGUUAUUCAAAGUGGCUGGAGUACCUAUGGUGGAAAAUUGCGUGGGAGGAUACAACAGUUGCAUGUUCGCGUAUGGUCAAACUGGAAGUGGGAAGACUCACACAAUGCUUGGAGACAUCGAAGGAGGAACUCGUAGACAUAGUGUUAACUGUGGGAUGACACCUCGAGUCUUUGAAUAUUUAUUUUCACGGAUUCAAAAGGAAAAAGAGGCUCGCAAAGAGGAAAAAUUACGAUUUACGUGUAAAUGUUCAUUCUUGGAAAUAUACAAUGAACAGAUUCUAGAUCUUCUGGAUCCUUCUAGUAGUAAUUUACAGAUACGGGAGGACAUCAAGAAAGGGAUUCAUGUCGAGAAUCUAAAGGAGAUAGAAGUUACGAGUGCACGAGAAGUGAUACUUCAGCUGAUUCAAGGAGCUGCCAAUAGAAAGGUUGCUGCGACCAACAUGAACCGUGCAAGCAGUCGUUCUCAUAGUGUCUUUACAUGUGCCAUUGAAAGCAAGUGGGAGUCCCAGGGUGUUACUCACCACAGGUUUGCUCGGCUCAAUCUUGUCGAUCUAGCAGGGUCAGAAAGGCAAAAAAGUUCUGGUGCUGAGGGGGAACGUCUUAAGGAAGCCACAAAUAUCAACAAAUCUCUUUCAACCUUGGGACUUGUGAUCAUGAAUCUUGUGAGCCUAUCCAAUGGGAAGUCACUCCACGUCCCUUACCGAGAUUCAAAACUCACAUUUUUGCUUCAGGAUUCACUUGGAGGAAAUUCAAAGACAAUUAUAAUUGCAAAUAUCAGUCCAUCCAACUGCUGUUCGUUAGAGACUCUGAGCACUCUGAAGUUUGCGCAACGGGCUAAAUUUAUAAAAAAUAACGCAAUUAUCAACGAGGAUGCAUCUGGGGAUGUGAUUGCUAUGCGUAUGCAAAUCCAACAUCUAAAGAAAGAGGUUUCCCGUCUAAGGAGUCUGCAAAAUGGAGGAGGCGAGAACUUUGAAAGUGAUGGUCUAUCAACAACCUUUCCAGGGUCUCCAGGAUUUUUUAAGUGGGAAGGGUUUCAUGGAUCAUCUACUCCACUCACAUCCAAUAAAAGGACAACAAUAAAGGACUAUGAAGUGGCUCUUGUUGGAGCAUUUAGAAGAGAAAACGACAAAGAAAUUGCAUUACAGGCACUGGCUUCUGAGAGUCAGGCAGCUUUGCAACUGGCCAAGCAAAGAGAAGAUGAAAUUCAAGGCCUGAAAAUGAGGUUAAGAUUUCGUGAAGCCGGUCUUAAGAGGUUAGAGGCUGUUGCUGCGGGAAAAAUCUCAGCUGAGACACAUUUGCUGAAAGAAAAGGAAGAACAUCUGAAGGAAAUUGAAGUUUUAAAAACUCAGGUUGACAGGAACCCAGAAGUGACCAGAUUUGCCAUGGAAAAUCUACAGUUGAAAGAAGAAAUCAGAAGGUUGAAGUCAUUUUGUGAGGGCGGAGAACGAGAGAUGAUGAACGAACAAAUCAGGAUGUUACAAAAUAAGUUGCUAGAAGCACUGGACUGGAAACUUAUGCAUGAGUCAGAUGCCUCUGCAGUCCAGAAGCCCAAUUCAGAUGCAGCAACAGACAUACUUGGUGAUGAAACCCUACUUCUUUCUACGAAGGAAGGAGGGUCCCCAUGGCUUGCAUCCGUUAAUGAUGAAAAUGAGUUCCUUCGUUUGCAGGCAAUCCAAAACCAGGCAGAAUUGGAAGCACUCCGCAAGAAACUAAAUUUCUGCCUUGAGGAGAAGGAAAAGUUGGAGAGGCAUGUAAAUGAUCUGUUAAGAGAGCUUGAAGAGAAUAGAUCUUCGAGAGCUAUUGGCGGAAACCAGCCGCUUGAGCUUCCAUCUUCCUCAACUGGUGUCAACAUUGUCAAUUUUGAUGAUCAGAUAGAGCUGAAAACUAUGGUUGAUGCUAUCGCUGUUGCAAGUCAAAGGGAGGCAAAAGCUCAUGAGAGUGCAAUGAUCCUGUCUAAAGAGAAUGACGAGCUUCGGAUGAAGCUGAAGGUGUUGAUUGAGGAUAACAACAAGCUCAUUGAAUUGUAUGAGAAGGCAACUGCUGAAAGGAAUGAAUCACAUUUGUGUUCUCUUGAUUGUACUCACAAAGAGAGAACUGGAGUCUGCAAAAAUGAUGCUAUCCCCGAGCCAGAAGAAGGGAAACUGAUUGAGAUGAAAAAGGCUGUUGAGAAUCUGGAGCAUCAGCUUGUGGAAAUGCAUGAAGAAAAUGAAGAAUUGAUGGGUUUGUAUGAAAAAGCAAUGAAGGAGAGGGAUGACUUCAAAAGGAUGCUUUAUGCAAAUGAGCAGGUCAAAUCUGGAACUAAAGGAGAAUUUGAUUGUCCGGAAAAACUUGUUGAAGUUGAUGCAGGCAAUAACCAUCCAUCAAGUCAGGUAACCAUGUCUACUGAGAAAACCCAUGUUGCUGGAGUGUUUGCCCCGGAAGCAAGGAGAAAUUCAAAGGCAAUUUAUUGCACCAACAAUGAUAAUUCAGAAGUUCUCAGGGAGGAAACAGGCGAUCAAAAAGUGAAUGGUGGACCUGGGGCAGAUGAACCUCCAAGUAAUGCCAAUAUCAGUAUCUCCAAGGAGGAAGCUACUCAGUUAAUGAAGCCUUUCAUGUUUGAUGGAUCAGAUAUACUAAAUGAAAAUUCUGGUUUAUGUGUGUUUAAUGCUGAGGUCGGAUCUAAACAAAGUUCUGAGGAAACAGGGGAUCAAAAAGUAAAUGGUGGACAUGGGGCAGAUGAACCUCCAAGUAAUUCUAAUGUCAGCAUCUCCAUGGAAGAUGCUACUCAGUUAAUGAUGCCUUUCGUGUUUGAUGGAUCUGAUAUACUAAAUGAAAAUUCUGGUUUCUCUGUGUCAAAAGCUGAGCUUGGAUCUAAACAAUGCUCUGAGGUCUAUCAAGCAGAUUCACGUUGCUGCAUGGAAAUUGAUCCAUCAACUUUCUCUGCUGUUCAUAUACCACAACCACAAAAAGUAAAUCUGGUCAGAUUGAAUCUUGCAAGUGCAGAGGAAAAGCUCAGUUUUUCUUCUAGAACUGCUGAUACCCUUCACUUGGUUGAGAAAUCAAUCUUUCAGGCCGGUCAACUCUCGAGACAAAUUGAAGAAAUGGAAGCCAGCAUACAAGUCGAUCAGCAAAAUCUUGAGUCAUGCAAAUGCCUUUUAUCUGAAGCGCAAGAAAGAGUAGAGCUCACUGAUAAGAAGUUCUCUGCUCUUAAGCAUUCUCUAUCAAGUUUCUCUUCAUCUAUGAAGUAUUUUGAGCAACGAGAAGCUCGGGCCAAGGCAAGGGUUAAUGCUUCAACGUCAUACCUAGACCAAAAGAAUAAAGAAAUGGCCCGUCUUCAAGCCUGCAAGGAUGACCUUGAGGUACUGCUGGGGAAGAAUCAACAAUCCGACGAAGAACUAAGGAGAGAGCUGGCGUGCUUAAAAUCAAAACUUGAAGAAGAGAAGCAAAAACAAGAAAACGAAAAGGUUCUUCUUGCCAUAGAUAACGUUGAGAAAGUUGAUCUCGCAAAGAGGAACUGGGGUAGUAAAGCCACAGAUUUACUCCAUUCCGAGGAAGAAAAAACCAAGCUACAAACUGAGAUUAACUGCUGCCGAGAAAGACUCGGGGACAUAAAGAAGGAAUAUGUGGAAUUGAGCGGGAAGCAUGGGAAGGUUGAUGACGAGAUCCGAGCUGUGCGAAUGGAAAUAACCAAAGCUUCAAGGGCGGUGGAGGAGACGGAAAUUGCACUUCAUGGUGUCAUCAAGGAGAGAGAGAGUUUGUCAGAGACUAUAGAGUAUGCGCAGCAAGAAACUCAGAGUCUGAUUCUUUCCUACCACCAACAUGUAUGUGAAAUAGAUUUGAGGGAAAAAGAAGUAGAGAUUUUGCAAGAGGAAAUGCACGAGAGUCUCAGAAGACUAGAAGAACUCAAGGAAAUUAGAGCCACGAGUUCACAGCGAAACGUGCAGUUGCUAGGGGAGAUUAACGGGCCUUCCUGUUUAUCAGGGAAGAUGCAAUUGGAGCUUCGAAAUGCCAUGGCAUUGAUUCAGGAGGCAAAAUCAUUGCUUUAGUUCCACCCUGGAAAUCACGGAGUCUGAUAAAUUGUUCUGUUCUUGAAAUUACUUCCUUGUAUAUCCACUCCCUUUGUCACGUUGGUUGAUCUUUCUGACAAUGGAAUUCCACCGUGGGAAUAUAAUCUUAGUGCACCGUUUUCAAAGUCUA